AUGAGCGGCGCCAUGCGCUCGGUUCCGAAGGGCAUCUCGUGUCCGUUCCAGGACCAGAACUGCACGUGCAUCGUGGAGACGCUCUCCUCCUGGAACGACACGGGGGUCAAUGAGUACCGGAUGGUGGACCUGCCGUCUGUUACCACCUCUGUGGCCAUGGUGCACGAGGCCCCUCGCCACCCCUUCCCCACUGUGGAUGUACCUGACCACGCACAUUAUACUAUAGGGGCCGUCAUCCUGGCUAUCGGCAUCACCGGCAUGGUGGGCAACUUCCUGGUUAUCUAUGCCUUCAGCAGGAGCAGGUCACUGAGGACUCCAGCCAACAUGUUCAUCAUUAACCUGGCCAUCACUGACUUCAUGAUGUGCAUCACACAGGCACCCAUCUUCUUCACCACCUCCAUGCACAGGAGAUGGAUCUUCGGGGAGAAAGGCUGUGAGCUGUAUGCAUUCUGCGGGGCUCUAUUUGGGAUCUGCUCUAUGAUCACUCUGACGGUGAUAGCAGUGGACCGCUACUUUGUGAUCACGCGUCCGUUGGCCUCCAUUGGGGUGCUCUCCAAGAAACGAGCCCUGCUCGUCCUCACGGCUGCCUGGGUCUACUCACUGGGGUGGAGCCUGCCCCCUUUCUUCGGCUGGAGUGCCUAUGUUCCUGAGGGUCUGUUGACCUCCUGUACAUGGGACUAUGUGACCUUUACCCCGUCCGUGCGUGCCUACACCAUGCUGCUCUUCACCUUUGUCUUCUUCAUCCCCCUGAUCGUCAUCAUGUACUGCUACUUCUUCAUCUUCAGAGCCAUACGUACAACUAACAAGGCUGUAACCAACAUCAACGGCACUGGGAGCACCAGAGACUCCAUUAAGAGUUUCCAUCGGCUGAAGAAUGAGUGGAAGAUGGCAAAGAUCGCUCUUAUUGUCAUCCUCCUCUAUGUCAUCUCUUGGUCCCCCUACUCUGCUGUUGCCCUGACCGCAUUUUCAGGGUAUACCGAUUUUCUGACCCCCUACAUGAACUCAGUGCCUGCUGUGAUCGCCAAGGCUUCAGCCAUUCACAACCCCAUCAUCUAUGCCAUCACCCACCCCAAGUACAGGAUGGCCAUAGCCAAGUACAUCCCAUGCCUGGGGUUUUUGCUGUGUGUACGUAGACGCGACCUGCAAUCCACCAACAGCAGUUUCAUGUCCACCCGACGAUCCACGGUCACCAGCCAGACCUCCGACAUCUGUGACCGCUUACACCGCACCAGCACUGUCAAGUCCCGCCUCUCUUCCGCCUCCGACAGCGAAUCGGCCUGGACAGAUAUUGAGGCUGACCUCUCCAGUAUGGUCUCCUGGCCGGCUAGCCGCCAGGUGUCCUGUGAUAUCAGUAAGGACACCGCCGAGCUCCCACACUUCAAGCCCUCCAGCUCCAAGUCCAAGAUGAAGAGCCACGACUCUGGUAUCUUUGAGAAGAGCUCUAAUGCCAUGGACAACAUCUCCAUGACAGGCGUGGGCCACAGUGACCACGGCUUCCCUCCAAGUGCAGGAGAUUCGUCAGAAGGCACCAUAACUAGAGGAAUGAUUGGCCGGAUUCCCAGCAUCGUCAUCACCUCUGAGACCAGCCCCUUCUUACCUGUCCUUAAAGCCAGUUCCCAUGGUUCCAGUACUAGGCCAGCCAGUGGCAGUGUAGAUGUAGGAUCUGUAACUAAGGGGCCACGGGAGAGUGUCCAGCAGGGGUCAACACUUCCCUCUAACAGUGAUGGCUCUACACCACUCAUCUGA